AUUAAUUAUCUACCUACUCUUCACUUUUCACCACAGAUUAAUAAGGUCAAUGGUAAUUUUCAGUAUCAAAUCAAUUGAUUUUGGUUGAACUUUCAUUUCUCUUUAUCAUCUUCACAUUUCUUCUCUUUCAAUUAUUCAGAAAUACUUUCACUUACAAAACUCUCAGAAACCACAUCCUUUGAUUUCUUCGGUUUGCGCCUUACUUGCCCUGUCACAAACCUCUCCGAAACUAGUUCCCCUGAUUUCUUCACUUCGCACCCUGGUUGCCCUGUUACUUUCUCUGUUUUACUUUCUUUUUUUCAGAAUCUUUUUGCCCUAUUUCUGGUUAUUUAUUUUUUUCUGUUUCAAUAUUUCUGAUUUCUUCAACCAAAAAAAAAAAAAAACUCUUUGCUUUCAGUUAUUUCUCGAUUACUAGAAAGAAUUAUCAUUUCUCUUAUUUAUUGUUAAUUAUUUUCAUUUGCUUUACUUCUCUUCCCUUUUUGAUUUCUUCGGUUUGCACCUUACUUGCCCUGUUACUAUCUCUCUUUUAUUUUCUUUAAUUCUGCUUUCUUUUUGCCCAAUUUCUGUUUUUUUUUUUUGAAAAAAAGAAUAUCUGUUUCAAUAUCAUUUGGUUAUUUCUCAAUUACCAGAAAAAAAUCCGUUUCUCUAAUUUAUUUUUAAUUUUGGAAGUUGUAUUUUAAUUAUUUUCAUUUUCUUCUGUUUUUCAAACCUGAAAAAAGUUAAAAAAAAUGGUUGAUGUUGCCGGGAGUGUUGGGAGUGUGGUGAGUCCUGUCCUUCAAGUUGCCGAGUGGUUGGCUGCUCCGAUUUGGCGUCCAUUUAAGUACUUGCUCAACUACAAGACCAACUUUGACAAUCUCCGAGAGGAAGUUAAAAACCUGAAGAAUGCAAGAGAUGAAGUUCAGCGUAAGGUUACAGAUGCUAAAAGAAAUGUGGGAGAGAUCAAACAGAAUGUUGAGGACUGGCAGGAGAGUGUGAAUAAGACCAUUACUGAAGCAGAGCAGCUGAUUAAAGAGAUGUGCAAGAGAUGUGCAAGAGACCAUUACCGUAUGGUUACUGAAGCUGAAAGAAAUGUGCAAGAGGUCGGACAAGAGCUUAAGGAUUGGCAUGUGGAUGAGACCAUUACUGAAGCAGAGCCGUUGAUUCAAGAGAAAGCAAACAACCGGAGAUGUUUCAAGGGAUUUUGCCCCAACUUCAUCAUUCACUACAAACAAAGCAAGAAAGCUUCCAAAUUAAAGCAGGAUGUUAUUGAUCCACUCCUCCGGCAAGAAAAGAAGUUGGAUCCAGUUUCCUAUCAAACUAAUCCACCAGAGAUCUGGCUUAGAUCUAGUGAAAAUUAUUUGGCUUUUGAAUCAAGAAACUACACUUUUAAGAAUGUAUGGGAUGCUUUAAAUGGUGAGAAUGUCUUCAUGAUUGGUGUUUAUGGGAUGGGGGGUCUUGGGAAGACCACUCUUGUGCAAGAAGUUGGUAGGAAAGCCAAGGAGGAAAAGCUCUUUGACGACAUUGUUUUUGUGGAGGUAUCAGAAUCUCCUGAUAUAAAGAAUAUUCAAACAGUAAUUGCUAACAACUUGGGUUUGAAAUUCGAAAACAACUUGGGUGUGAAAUUGGAAAACGAAAGUGAAAGGGCAAAGUGGCUAUAUUCAAGAAUGGAGGGCCAGAAAAUUCUUUUAAUUCUAGAUAAUAUUUGGGAACCUCUAGAAUUUGAAAAGAUAGGAAUUCCUUAUAGAGCUGAUCGUGGAAGAAAUAAACUUUUGUUCACAACAAGAAACUUAAAUGUGUUGGACAUGAUGGAUUCCACAAAUAAUUUCAAGAUGGGCAUUUUAAAUGAAACAGAAGCUUGGACCCUAUUCACCAAAAUGACAGAUCUUUUUGCAGAAAAUAUUAUUCAAACACAUGAAUUGCAUUCUCUAGCAAAAGAUGUAUGCAAGGAAUGCAAAGGAUUACCUAUUGUAAUUUGUACAAUAGCUAAAGCAUUAAAAAACAAGAGUCAUCCAUCUUAUUGGGACUGUGCAUUGCGAGAAUUGAGGGAACCUUCUCCAAGAAAGUAUGCAAGAUACCUAGAAGAGGAUUACGCAAAGAUCGCCUUAAGUUACAAGUAUUUGAGAGAUGAUGAACUUAAGAAAACGUUUUUAAUUUCUAGUCUAAUGGAAAAUAAUACUUCCAUUUCAGACUUGUUCAAACAUGUUGUGUGUUUGGAUGUAUUUGAUGGAGCUAAUUUUACAAUGGAAGAAGCACGACAAAGACUAGAUAUAUUGGUUUGUGACCUCAAAGAUGCUUGUUUAUUGCUUGGCGGGUUUGAAAGCGGCCAAUUCGCUAUGCAUGAUGUUGUUCGUGUUGUUGCCACAACAAUUGCAUAUGUGGAUCACCAUGUGUUUACAAUAAGAAAUGAUAUUGAGCAGGAUUGGAAGGAUAGAGACAAACUCAACAAAUGCACAAAGAUCUUUUUACCUGGUAAAAGUAAUAUUAUUAGUCAACUUAGGCUUAAGGAUUUGGAUUGUCCAAAUCUUGAAUAUUUCUGUAUGACUGAUAAGUAUGGUUCUUCUUUCAAAAUCCCGGAGGACCUUUUUACGGUGAUGUCAAAGCUUAGAGUAUUAAAUUUGGGUGGACUAUGGCAAUCAUCAUUGCCAUCAUCAAUUGAUAGUCUAACAAACCUUCAAACAUUGUGUUUAGAUAAUAGCAGAGUUAAAGAUUUUGCUAUUAUUGGAAAGCUACAAACAUUAAAAGUUCUUAGCUUGCAACGAUCAAAUAUUGAGGUGUUUUCUACAGAAUUGGGUCAAUUGACUCAACUAAGGUUGUUAGAUUUAAGUUAUUGUUGGGGAUUGAAAGUAAUUGCUCCAAAUGUGAUAUCACAAUUAUCUCAAUUGGAAGAAUUUUAUAUAAAAGGAUGUUCUAUUAAUUGGGAGCAUAAAGUACUCAAGGAAUUGAAACUCUUGUCCAACCUCACCAGUUUAGAAUUGGAUAUUGUAGAUAACGAUGUAUUGCCUAGAGAUUUCAUUUCCAAAGAGCUUAGAAGGUACAAAAUAACAAUAGGAUGUAAGUAUUACAGAGAUCUAAUAACUAAAUCCCUAAGGAUUUUGAAAUUUGCAUGUAAUUCUACCAUCUCCCAAGAAACAUUACGUGGAAUCAAUAAUGUUGAAGUCUUACUCAUAGUCAAACCUUCAGAUGACGAGGAGGAUCUUGAUGAAAAGCCAACUUCAGAUGACGAGGAGGAUCUUGAUGAAGAGCAAAUGCUGCCAUUAUUUAAUGAGAAGGUUAUUUUCACCAAUUUGAUGGUCUUAAAGUUAGUCGAUAUCAGUUCUGGAAAGAUUUGGGAGAGUCAACUUUCAGCUUCUUCUUAUCAAAAUUUGACACAGUUGAUUUUAGAGGGAUGUGAUAAAAUAAAACAUGCGUUUCCAUUUUCCAUUGCUAAAAGCCUCCAGCAACUCCAAUACCUUAUAAUAAAGGGUUGUAAAGUUUUAGAGAAGAUUGUUGAAAAGGAAGAAGGAGCAGAAGUUGUUAAUUUUAUCUUUCCACAAAUAACUAAAUUGAAGCUUGAAGAUUUACCAAAACUUACCAUUUUCUGCCGAGGAGCAUAUGCUUUGGACUUGCCCAUAUUGAAAACACUGAAGAUAACAAGGUGUCCAAACUUCACUUUAAAAUAUCAAGGCUUCCAAGAUAAUAAUGAGGAAGGCGAAAUUCAAGAUUUGGAGUCAAAAUGCAUCUUCUUUGGGCAUAAGGUUAUUUUCACCAAUAUCAGUUCUGGAAAGAUUUGGGAGUGUCAACUUUCAGUUUCUUCUUUUCAAAAUUUGACACAAUUGAUUUUAGAGGGAUGUGAUAAAAUAAAACAUGCGUUUCCAUUUUCCAUUGCUAAAAGUCUCCAACAACUCCAAUACCUUAUGAUAAAGGGUUGUACAGUUUUAGAGAAGAUUGUUGAAAAGGAAGAAAGAGUAGAAGUUGUUAAUUUUAUCUUUCCACGAAUAACUGAAUUGAAGCUUGAAGAUUUACCAAAACUUACCAUUUUCUGCCGAGGAGCAUAUGCUUUGGAAUUGCCCAUAUUGAAAACACUGAAGAUAACAAGGUGUCCAAACUUCACUUUAAGAUAUCAAGGCUUCCAAGAUAAUAAUGAGGAAGGCGAAAUUCAAGAUUUGGAGUCAAAAUCCAUCUUCUUUGGGCAUAAGAUUAUUUUCACCAAUUUGAUGGUCUUAGAGUUGGUCAAUAUCAGUUCUGGAAAGAUUUGGGAGAGUCAACUUUCAGCUUCUUCUUAUCAAAAUUUGACACAGUUGAUUUUAGAGGGAUGUGAUAAAAUAAAACAUGCGUUUCCAUUUUCCAUUGCGAAAAGCCUCCAGCAACUCCAAUACCUUAUGAUAGGGGAUUGUGAGAUUUUAGAGAAGAUUGUUGAAGAAGAAGAAGAAGGAGCAGAAGUGGUUAAUUCUUUCUUUCCACGGUUAACUGAAUUGAAGCUUAGAAAUUUGCCAAAACUUAUUGUUUUCUAUCUAGGAGCAAAUGCUUUGGAAUUGUUAAUGUUGAAAACGUUGGAGAUAUCAAAUUGUUCAAUCUUCACUUCAACAUAUCAAGCCUUUCAAGAUAAUAACAAGGAAGGUGAAAUUCAAGUUGCUGAAUCAAAAUCCAUUUGCUUGGAGCAUAAGAUCAAUUCUGAUUUGAAGGCAUUUCAUUUUGAGGAUGAUGUGGUAUCUAUUACUUGGGAGAGUCAAUCUAAAACUCUUGAAACCUCUGUCGAAAAUCUUUCAAUGAAACUCCUUCAGAAAUUUUACAAUUUGAAAGUGCUCAAAGUAUGUCGCAGCCUAUCCAAAGAAAUUAAAGGCCCAUUUGAUCUUCCAUAUCUUAAAGUUCUAGAUAUAGAUAGUUGUUAUAGAUUAACGAGUCUAUCGACAUUCUCAACUUAUUUUCUAAAUCUUCAAGUUCUGCAGUUAAGUUAUUGCCACAGGUUGACAAGGAGGUUAAUAACAUCUUCAAUGGCUAAAAGCUUGGUCCAUUUGAGAGAAAUAAGCAUAUACAAGUGUAAUUUGCUAACUGAAGUAGUAGAAGAUGAGGCAGAUGCAACAACAACUAACAUUAGUUUUCACAAUUUGAGGAAGUUGUCACUUAAAGAAUUGGACAGUCUUACAUGUUUUUGUUUUGGGAAUUACUCUUUCAAUUUUCCAUAUUUAGAAACGUUAGUUAUAAAAGGAUGCCUCAAUAUGAAGACUUUCUGUCCUGGAUUCUUAAGCACUCCAAGGUUACACAAUGUCAAGUAUGAGAAUGAGCUAGUAGAGAUGGGGGGAAAUGACUUGAAUACAAGUAUACAACAAGCACACAAAAAUAGGGUUAACUCCGAUUUGAGUAAAUUAUCAUUAAGUGGAAGAGAUAUCAUGUCAAUUUGGCAAGAAGAGUUCAAAGAGAACUUUGACAAAGUAGAAACUCUUGAAUUGAUUAAGGAUGAAUACACACACAUUCCAAUUCAUAUCCUUGUAAAGUUUAUCAAUCUUGAAAAUCUCAUUUUGAAAAUAAGUUCAUACGAAGAGAUAUUCUUAUAUGGAGAAGAUGAGGAACAUGUUGGUGCACUUGCAAAAUUGAAAAAGCUAAAAUUGCAAGGACUUUUUAAUUUAAAGUGCAUUUGUAAACAAGACUUUCGGUUCAAAACAAUUCUUCAGAAUCUUCAUUCUUUAGAAGUAAGAGAUUGUAACAAUUUGAUGACUCUAUUGCCAGCUUUAUCAUCUUUUGAAAAUCUGUGGUCUUUGGAGGUAGCUGAUUGUAUUGGAAUGCAGAACUUAAUGACAUCUUCAACAGCCAAAAGUCUUGUGAGUCUAGAAAGGUUGUCAAUUCUAGGAUGUAAAAUGAUGAUAGAAGUAUUAGCAAAUGAUGGAGAUAUAGAGAAAGAUGAAAUUGUUUUUGAGAAAUUGGAGAGGUUGUUAUUGUUUGGUUUAGAGAGUCUCACAGGCUUUGGUUCAAGGAAAUACAACUUAAAAUUUCCAUCAUUAGAGUCAAUAUCAGUGAGUCAAUGCUUCAAGAUGAAGACUUUCUUUGAGGGAGGCUUAAACAUGCCAAAGUUACGGUUGGUGAACGAGAAAGAUUAUUCAAGUGACCUUAAUUGGGUCACACAACAAUUACAAAAUGAUUGUUCGAAGUUAUGGGAGGAAAGUGCAAAAUCAUAUGGUCAAGGAGCUGGUGAAGGGGAAUGGAUUUCUUACUACUGCGAUUAUUGCGACAAAGACAUCACGGGGAGGAUCCGCAUGAGAUGUGCAAUUUGUCCUGAUUUUGACCUCUGUGUAGAGUGCUUCAGUGUUGGAGCUGAAGUGGAAACUCAUAAGAGCAAUCACCCCUACAAAGUUCAUGAUGAGAUUGUCAAGUUAUUCCUCAAUCUGUUUGCAUAUUGGCAAAAUUGCUGGUAAAUGACUUUCAAUGCACUGGGAGCUGAUCAGAAGUUGAAAUUGACGUCAUUUUUGUCAUAUUCUAGUUGCAAGAUGGACUCAAUGUGAUUUCAGGAAUUUUCAUUGAGAAUCUAUAUAAUGAUGUUGUAGUUUUGAAAUAUGAUUUACUUGAAAUAUUGUUUGAAAAUGUGAUUUUCGUGUUUUGUUGCAAGAUGAUUGCAGGAUUAUGAGAAGGUAGUAUUCAAUUUAGGGAAGGUCCACUAAGGAUCAUAAAGUGCAAAUACAUUGAAUUAAAUGGCUCUUGAAUAUAUUUAUCUGGUUAGCAUUAUAUUGUACUUCAACUUGCGCAAGUAUAAUUUGAUAUAGACUAAGCUGUUUAUAUUUUUAGUAAUUUGCUUUUGAAAUUGAUGAUCAUAACCAUAAUCAGAAAAUGUCGCUGGUGGUUUUAUUGAAAUUGAUAAUGGUAGAAUUUUAAGCAUGUGUACAUUAGGUUUGGCUAAGUAGAUGUAAUGCUCAACUUGCAUGUUAAGGUUACAUGAUUGAAACUCCAGAGCUGGUGAGACUAUUCAUUUGAUGAUUGGAUCAUUUGGACCUGUCUUUCUCUUGUUGUCUGGUUCCUUUUUGAAGCCUUCUAUUUUUCGGUUGUUCUUCAUUUUUUUCACCGCUGCUUAGUUGUGCAGAACGCUAGGAAUAUUUCUUUUAUAUUCAUGUGUAAUGAACAAAUAUUUCUUUUGUAGAGUUGAAAAGCAGAUCACCAUCAACUUGCAUGUUAAGGUUACAUGAUUGAAACUCCAGAGCUGGUGAGACUAUUCAUUUGAUGAUUGGAUCAUUUGGACCUGUCUUUCUCUUGUUGUCUGGUUCCUUUUUGAAGCCUUCUAUUUUUCGGUUGUUCUUCAUUUUUUUCACCGCUGCUUAGUUGUGCAGAACGCUAGGAAUAUUUCUUUUAUAUUCAUGUGUAAUGAACAAAUAUUUCUUUUGUAGAGUUGAAAAGCAGAUCACCAUGUUUCAAAUCCAAGCAUGUAAAAAUCUAAUAUAGAGCUACUUAAAUGACAAUUCUCCUUCCUCAAGUGUCAAGAUUGCAUAAAUUUCAGCAUUCUGGCCAUUCUCUGAACAAAUUUUUGGGGCUGAAAUUUUAGUUUGAAAGAAAUGCAUUGUUCUUUAUGAUUUCAGAUGGUUCUGAGUCCUCUGGUGGAACUUUCAGAAUGAAGCCUCUGCGUAGAUUGUGAGGCAUUGCAGCUCAUGUUCCUUCUGUUUAAAUUAAAUGUGCAUGAAUGCUUUAAGACGAAGACUUUCUCUCAACAAGGCUUAAGCAUGCUAAGGUUCAAAGAGGUGAACUGGAAAUAUUGCUUGAAGAAUGAGCUUAAUACAGUCAUACAAUCAUUACAAAAUGAAUUUUCAGUGCUGUGUGAAAGAUUUGCAGAAUAAAAAGAGUGAGUGAGAUAGUAAAAUGAAAUGUCCAUCAACAUGCAGCAAAAUCAUCUGAUCUUGAUUGGGGCUAUCAGGAGAUGCAGAUGAAGUGAGACUUUAUUUUAGACUAUCAAAGGAAGAGGAAGCUAAUUAAGGAUGUGGUCUCCCGGUAAUUUGCCAGAAAUCGGCUGCAAAUGGAAGAAAAGGCAGGAAAUGGACUCUAAUGUCUUUGUAAAUCAAAUAUCUAGUUCUUCAUGUCUAUGAUAAUCUUUUGGCUUAAAUAUCUACUUCCUUAUUGUUUUUAUUCUGAUUUAGCAACAAUUAAUUGAUAUUCUCAUUUCUAUUGUAA